UAUAUAUAUGCAUACAUACAAAAAAAAGAAAGAAAAAAGAAAAACAGCAGCAGCAGCCAUCAGCUCCCAAACUCCACUUCGUCUCUUGCACAGCCACUCGAUUUCCUCCAACCAGGGAGGAGAGAUACGCCAGCCCUUAUCUGAGCUCAUUCUCAACGUGGAAAAGGGACAGGAAAGACACCAUAUCAAUCCGACAGAUUCCAACAAAUCAUCUACGGAUCAUUUUUCCACGCCGAAUGCGUGUUAAAGAGCGCGUUCAGUGCGGCACACAUCAGGCUGCUUUAUUGCCAUAGCAGCGGCGCGAGCUGCCUGUAGCUAGUACAGGAGCUUCAGCUAGCGACGAAACAAAGAAAACACACACAAAUAUAACCGUCUGCUGAGCAAACUGCUUCCUUGUUUUUUGAGGAGGAGAAGGCAAGACCCCGAAGACCAAAACUGACAUGAUGUUUCCACAAUCCAGGCACUCGGCUUCAUCGCAGCAGCUGAAGUUCACAACGUCAGACUCAUGCGACCGCAUCAAGGACGAGUUCCAGUUCCUUCAAGCACAAUACCACAGUCUGAAGCUCGAAUGUGACAAGCUGGCCAGUGAGAAGUCAGAAAUGCAGCGUCAUUAUAUCAUGUACUAUGAGAUGUCCUAUGGGCUGAACAUCGAAAUGCACAAGCAGGCAGAGAUCGUGAAGAGAUUAAAUGGGAUCUGUGCUCAAGUCUUGCCUUACCUGUCUCAAGAGCACCAGCAGCAGGUUCUGGGGGCGAUGGAGAGAGCCAAACAGGUCACCCCACCAGAGAUGAACUCCAUCAUACGGCAGCAGCUCCAGGCUCACCAACUCUCUCAGCUGCAGGGGCUGGCAUUGCCCAUGACCCCUCUUCCUCUCGGCCUGAGCCAACCUGCCGGCCUCCCCGCUGUCACCUCCAGCUCUGGCCUCUUCUCCCUCUCCAGCAUCCUGGCCUCUCAGGCCCAGCUGGCCAAGGAGGAUAAGAGCACACGCGAGACCUCCGACAGCCACCGCGAGGAAGACGGAGACAAGUCCGACUAGUCACCCGCCAAACCCGUUCCUUCAUCCAAUCAUCAUCCAGAGCUCCACGUAGAGCAGAGGCACUUGUUUCCCUGUUUUUUCACCUUUUUAUUGUCCUUCGUUUUCCAGUCUCCUUUCAUCUUUCUAUCUAAAUUGCUACUGUGCUCACAUGCCUAAUGUCAUUCGUUCUGGUUCAUUCCACCAGCUCUCUAUA